UGCUGUUUGCAGUCGGCGAUUAAUAGCGACGGACCACUCGCUAGGCACAGCGCAUGCGCCAAGGCAAACAUGGUUACAGAAAUGAUCGUUACAUGACGGGGUUAGAAAAGAAAUAAAAAGAAUAGAUACAUUGAAGGCAAACGUUGCACAAGGAGCAUAAACGCAGCUGUCCAAUGGCGGGAGAAGAAGAGGAGACCGAGCGCAAGGGUUUUAGGUUGCUGGGGAUUCUGGAUGUCCAGAAUACUCCGUGUGCCAGAGACGCCAUCCUACAUGGAGCUGGGGGCUCAGUAACUGCUGGCCUGCUGCACUUUCUGGCUACUAGUCGGGUAAAGAGGUCUUUUGAUGUGGGAUUUGCAGGUUUUAUGCUGACCACACUCGGGUCCUGGUUGUACUGCAGGAUGAACAACGCUAAGCUUCGUGUUCAGCAGAGGAUGAUCCAGGACGGCAUCAAGAACAAGAUUGUGUAUGAAGGGACCACUCGAGACCCCACAAACAGACCUGAAGCAGGAACUCCGUCAGGGCCCUCAUGACCUCCAGCACCGGACUCCCCCUCCCCCUACUUCUGUAAGGGCUGGGAGGAGAGGAGAGGACACCGUGAGGGUCCUACAAAGACUCAAUAUCCUGUUUUUUCCAUCGGCUGCACAAACAAUGGAAGGAAUUUAAAGUUCAGCAUUUUAUGGGUGCUGUUUUAUUUUUGUUUGUUAGUCUGACAUCUUAAGGUACAGCUGUUCUAGGGUGCAUCCUACAAAUCUUUAAAUGAAACAUUGACCAAUUUAAAUUCUCACUCCCUAAAACAAAUGCCAUGCUAUAUCACUGACUCCUUCUGCACACCAAGCCCCCACAGAAGGGGAUGGCAUGCAGUAAAGGUCCUUACUGAAGUGAAACUGGCGACAUUGGGGUUAUUUGGUAAGCGACCAAGUGACAUCACAGAAUGGGUUGUGGCCUAAUGUGUAACAUUAGUUUGAACCUACAAAGGACCGAGCAGCAGCUGUAGAUUUCUGUGACUGAGAGUUAAAUCAACCUUUAAAUUCACCUCAACUCCUGAUUGUUUUGUCAUUUAGUAUUUAAAAGUUGAAUGUGUGGGAAAUAAAUUGUGUACUGAUGUAA